AUGCCGAGAUCGUUUGGGGAGCGCAAUCCGACAUCAUCGGCGUCGCAAUCUUUACUUGAGCUUGAUGGAGGGAUCAAGGUGCUGAUUGAUGUAGGAUGGGAUGAAACUUUCGACGUGGAAAAGUUAAGGGAGCUGGAGAAACAAAUCCCUACGCUUUCACUUAUUUUACUUACUCAUGCGACCGUUCCUCAUAUCGCAGCCUACGCUCAUUGUUGCAAGCACUUCCCUCUCUUCACUCGAAUACCUGUCUAUGCGACACAUCCUGUCAUCGCGCUUGGGAGAACUCUAUUACAAGACUUGUAUUGCUCAACACCAUUAGCAUCAACCAUUAUACCCACAACGUCCGCUUUCCUCCUUCAAUCCCAACGAAAAGAAGAAAUUAACUACUACUUCUCGCUUGUUCGUCCUUUGAAAUAUUCACAGCCUCAUCAACCACUGAAUGGGGUAACAAUUACGGCCUACAAUGCUGGACAUAGUUUAGGAGGCACGAUAUGGCAUAUUCAACACGGACUUGAGUCUAUAGUAUACGCAGUUGACUGGAAUCAAGCUCGCGAGAAUGUUUUGGCUGGUGCAGCCUGGUUGGGUGGGGCGGGGGCUGGAGGAGCUGAGGUUAUUGAACAAUUACGGAAACCAACCGCGUUGAUAUGCAGCAGUAAAGGAGGAGAACGAGUUGCCUUACCUGGAGGUCGGGCCAAGAGAGAUGAACUUCUACUGGAUAUGAUUAGAUCAUCAAUCAGCAGAGGAGGAAUUGUCCUUAUACCGACAGAUUCUGGAGCGCGAAUGAUGGAACUUGCAUAUCUUCUAGAGCAUGCUUGGAGAACAGAAAACCAGGAGGAAGAAAGCGCAUUCAAAUCUGCGAAACCUUAUCUAGCAGUGAGUACGAGCGAAAUGACGAUGAGAUAUACAAGAAGUAUGUUUGAAUGGAUGGACGAAGCUAUCAUUCGGGAGUUUGAAGCGCAGCCUGGCCAUGAGGAACAGCGAACUGGACAACAAAGGAGAAAUACGGAGGAAGCAAAACAACACAUUGGCCCAUUCGAAUUUAAACACCUUCGAUUACUUGGGCGAAAGGGUCAAAUCGACCGAAUGUUGAAUGAGACGGACAAUUUAGGACGAUCAGUAGGGAAGGUUAUCCUUGCCAGUGACACUUCCAUUGAAUGGGGAUUUUCGAAGGAGGUCCUAUGCAAAAUCGCGGACGAUGAUAAGAAUCUUUUGAUUUUAACAGAGCGACUGAAUCCGAUAAGUGGAGCUCCAAGUCUAGGAAGAACUUUAUGGUCAUGGUGGGAAGAACGACGCGAUGGAGUCACUUCGGAACCAAGCUCAAGUGGAGGAAUUCUGGAACAGGUAUACGGAGGAGGAAGAGAUCUCGAAAUCAGAGAACCCAAACGCAUACCAUUAGAGGGUAAUGAUCUGACUGUUUAUCAACAGUGGUUGGCAACACAACGUCAAUUGCAGACCACUCUUCAACCGGGUGGCGCUACAGCUCUUGAGGCUUCUGCUGAUAUUGUUGAUGAUGCUUCAUCGGAUUCAUCGUCAGAUUCUGAUGACUCUGAGAAUGAACAGCAAGGAAAGGCUCUUAACAUAUCCGCAACCAUGGGCCAAGCAAAUCGGAAGAAGAUUGGCUUGAGUGAUGAAGAUCUUGGCGUUAAUAUCCUUCUUCGGAAGAAAGGCGUUCACGAUUUCGAUGUGAGAGGGAAGAAAGGCCGUGAUAAGAUGUUUCCCAUGGCGAUUAGGAGGAAGCGAAAUGAUGAUUUCGGAGAACUUAUUAGACCAGGUGAAUUUCUACGGGCUGAAGAACGAGACGAGGUGGAUGGACAGGAGCCACAGCGACCUGGAAAAUAUGAUACGAAAGAUACCCUUGGCAAAAAAAGAAAAUGGGAUGAUGUUGCAGCUUCCGGUAAACGUGGAGCGUCGAAUGAAGGAAAGCGACAGCAGAUCGGCAAUAACGAGGAUGGCUCAGUUGCAGAAGUUCCAGAAGAAGAUGACCCAAUGGAUAUUAUAGAAGAAGAGAUUCCUGGACCAUCCAGACUAGAAAUCUCGAUCAAGACGCUCAAAAUUAAUCUUCGAAUUGCAUUUGUCGACUUCUCCGGACUUCACGACAAACGCAGUCUUCAAAUGUUGAUACCUCUAAUCCAACCUCGGAAGUUGAUAUUAGUUGGCGGUAUGAAAGAAGAGACAUUAGCACUCGCAUGCGAUUGUAGAAAGCUUCUUGGUAGCACGAAAGAAAAACUCAUCGAUGUGUACACUCCAGAGAUUGGUGUCAUUAUUGACGCAAGUGUAGACACCAAUGCGUGGGCUGUUAAACUCACUGAUUCUUUGGUAAAACAACUACGCUGGCAGAACGUCAAGGGACUAGGAAUUGUUACUCUUACUGGCCGACUAGAAACUACACAUAUUGACAGCGAUUCACACAACUCAGAAGGUGCCAAUAAGAAGCAAAAGAUGAUAAAAGAGGAGUCAGAAGAAAUUCCAACACAGGCAGCUCUUGAUUCAGCAAAAGCCGUUGUUGAGAUGCCAAUUUUGGAUGUCCUACCUUCGAAUAUGGCGUCGGCAACAAGAUCGGUUGCUCAGCCAUUGCAUGUGGGCGAUUUAAGGUUAACCGAUCUGCGAAAAAUCAUGCAAUCUUCUGGUCUUACUGCUGAACUCAGAGGAGAAGGUACUCUUUUAAUCGACGGAUCUGUGAUUGUCCGUAAGACUGGCACCGGGAGAAUCGAGGUAGAAAGUGUUGGCGUCACAACGAGUUCCUUUUACGCUGUUAAAGGGAAAAUCUAUGAAGGUCUUGCGGUAGUGGCAGGUGGAUAA